AUGAUCAGCACUCUGUACUUCUUAGCACUGCUGAGCUCCGCAGUGGCCUGGGGGGGUGUAGGCCUGUGGAGUGAUGGGGCUGUGAGGAAUGAGACCGGAGGUGGAAGCAAGGACAGUUGUACCUGCAAUGCUUUCCUGCCCAGUUCUACUUUUCCCAUAAAAGACCUGGUAAUGGUGGAGGAGACAGCGGUGGAGAUCUCCCACAGAUUGGAACUGGAGAUGGGCAAGAUCGAGGAAUAUGAGAUCAAGCUGACAUCGUAUGCAGAGAAGAUUGUAAAGUUAACAGCGGAAAUUGAAAAAAUGGAGAAGAAUCCUGAUGCGUACAAUGAUGCAGACAUAGAUGAUGUUAAAGUAGAGAUUAAACAAGUGGAGGCAUUGAUUAAAGAGCUGCAGAUUUCCAUCCAAGGCUCCACCACUGUCUUUGAGUCUCUACGUGUGCAGAUCACAGUCAUGGUGAGCACCCUGGACAAACUGGAGAAGACUUACGACAAGAACCUGGUAUUGGUGAAACGCCGGGAAUACAUCAAGGUGCAGCUGCAGCUUGAGGAGUGUGAGAAACGCCACCAGGAGCUCUUCAACCCCAACAUUGGUUCUUGCGCACAUACUGGCAUUAUAAAGGUCAGCAAGCCCAUUGUGAGCCAGCUGAAUGCUCAACUAAACACUGGCUACAAAUAUGGAGGCUGGGGGAAAGACUCAAAACCUCUUCCAGACAGAGAGUCCAUGUACUGGUACUCUGGAUACAGCAGCGCUUCCAUUGUUGACAUUAGGUUCUACUCUAACUAUAAAAACCUCAUUUUAAGAAACCCAUUCCAGCAUCAUACCUUACCCGGCAACUGGUAUGGUACAGGAAACAAUUUCAUCAUUCGUGAAAAUUGUCUGUAUUAUCAGAUCAACAAUCCAUUUGGUUUAGUCAAACUGAAUUUCACCACAAUGAAGUAUGAGUCCAGGGUGAUUGCCAAGUCUAGCAGUGGCUUCUCCUACAGUACCUCUGCAUACCAGAACUUUGACUUUGCCGCUGAUGAAACAGGCCUGUGGGUGACGUAUGCAACAGAGGAGUCAGGUGGCCGUAUGGUCAUUGCAAAAAUAAAUGAGCCUUCUUUUGGAGUGGAGGAAGAAUGGCAGACUAGCAUCUAUAAACCAGGUGUGAGCAAUGCCUUCAUGGUGUGUGGUGUCCUCUAUGCAGUUAGAACUGUUGAUAUCCAAAAUGAAGAAAUAUUUUACAAGUAUGACACCACGACCAAACAAGAGAGCUACAUCAGUGUCCUCUUCGAAAGGUUUCAGGAUAAGUACUCCAACCUUGACUACAACCCCACUGACCAGAAGCUCUACAUGUACAAUGAUGGCUACUAUGUUAACUACCACCUGUGGUUUAACCACACAGUUAAAGCCACUGAUGAGCCAGCAGUCCUCGUGAGUUAG